UGUAAGUUGAUAAAUUAAUGAGAUAAUUGUAACGAUAUAAGCAGAUCAGUUGUAAAAUUGCUUUCGAAUCAGAUAGGAAAUAGGUGCUUAGACGGCAUAUAAAGUAGCGAAACAAGCAAUCUCAUAAUUGGACUGGCGACAUGCCGCAUCCCUGAUGCGAUGCAAGUUUAAUCCAGCAAAACGCUCCCGGUCGUUACGUACCGGAGAGCAACGAAACAGAGUCGAGCAUCGCAUCGAAAUUCAUCGCGACGACGUCGCCCUGCUCAUCGACAGCUUGACAUUAACGAAAAGACUCGAGACAACACAACCGAAAACGAACAACAAAAUGUAAACGCGAGGAGCGUGUCGCGUGUUCACGCUGCUCGCUCUCGCACGUUCCCUCAGACAUCACACCAUCACUGUCUCCCAUUGGGCGACACAAAUAGGCGUGUCCGUAGUUCAUCAAUCGUUCCGGCCGGCGGUGGGGAGACGAGAAAAAACCCGCCCCGGAUCGAAAAGAAGUAGGGCUAAAUUUUUGUGGUGGUGGCAUAUUUCUCGAUAGGGGAGUACAGGAUCGAGUCCGCAAAAAUGCAGUGUGUAGUCGGUAGUCUCAUAAGACUUGCUUUGCUCCCCGCCGCCGCAUUCGUUAUUUUUUCGAUCCGAUCGUACGUCGGUCGGACCGCGCACACAAUUUGUCGUUCGAGUUAAAAGAAUCUCAUGACAUCGGUAGUCGCGAAGUGACGCUGGCAAAAAGAGGACGAUUUAACCACAAUCGAGGACGCGUCAUACCGACAAACUGAGCCUUCCUCACCCGACCCCCCACCACCCCCCUCGCCCCUCCAACCCCACCGACCUCCCUCGCGCGCGGUGGGAGGAGCCGAUCAUCAUCGGUGGCAAAAAUUUGCGGUUAGACGAAAGAAGUACGCUACCGGGUAAUUUACCUGACGAUCGAGCUACUGAAUUUUACAUCGCGACUACAUCAUUAUAGCCACGUGUAUAUUUUCGACUUUCGACAACAACUUCUUUAACAUUUCGCUACCCUAUCAGUAGUAACGCGUGUCGCGUCAACGAGUGUCGGACUGCGCUUAAGUGUAACACCAGCUUGUGACUUAACUUAUACUUUUGUGAUCGGUGUAUUUUUGAUUCAGUGCAACAACUUGAAACAUUUAGUUUUGGAACUGUUUGCUUUGGUGGUAGCCGUAACACUGCCUGUUCUGGACCAAUUGCACGUCACUGGAUCUGUCGGGGGCGGUAUUGCCAUGUUUCUCGCAGAAGCCGGGCACUAAGAAGUUCGUGGCUGGGACACUAUGUCCCAGUUUGGAUUCAGAGCAUCACCGAGUACUCAGAGUGCAGUAUCAUCGGGUCCAUCUCAAACGUCACCACCACCAAGCGUCAUGGCUGUUACGUCAUCAGCUCCCACUCCUGGAACACCGCCGACGCCUGCGCAGAGAUGCUGCGAUACAGGUCGACCGAUUUUUACUGAUCCGAUUACCGGACAAACUGUUUGUUCGUGCCAAUACGAAUUGUUGGGCUACCAAAGAUUAGCAGGUGCCGGAGUACCUGGUUUGCCAGCUUUAAGCAUGUACAGUGCGCCGUAUCCUGAAGGAAUGGCAGCCUAUUUUCCAGCCCUUGGAGCUGAUCAGGCACCUUUCUAUACCACAUCUGCUGCAGGAUUAGAACUGAAAGAAAAUUUAGCAGCAGGCGCUGCCGGUUGGCCGUAUCCUUCCGUUUACCAUCCAUACGAUACUGCAUUUGCUGGAUAUCCAUUCAAUGGAUAUGGCAUGGAUCUCAACGGUGCCCGACGAAAAAAUGCGACGAGAGAAACGACAAGUACACUUAAAGCGUGGCUAAAUGAACAUAAAAAAAAUCCUUAUCCUACUAAAGGUGAAAAAAUUAUGUUGGCUAUAAUUACAAAAAUGACUCUAACACAAGUAUCUACGUGGUUUGCAAAUGCUCGCAGAAGAUUAAAAAAAGAAAACAAAAUGACAUGGGAACCAAGAAAUAGGGUAGAAGACGAUGACAAUAAUAAUGACGAUGAUGAUCAGGACCAUAAGAGUACUGAUGGAAAAGACUUGUUAGAUUCCAAAGAUUCUGGUACCGCUUCAAGUGAAGACGGUGACCGACCACCUCACUCCAGACUCGCUCCGGAUACUCCAUCCGAAUGGAGCGAAUCCCGACCCGACAGCGGUCCAGACAGUCCAGAAAUCUACGAACGACCUCCCCAUCCGGCCUUUCUGCCACCCAGAUCUUCCGGCAGUCCACCCCAAAUGAGCCAAAGUGUAACCACCAAACCCAGAAUCUGGAGCCUGGCCGAUAUGGCUUCCAAAGAGAGCAGCGAAAGCUCUACCCCUGCCAGCAUGUAUUCGACUGCAUCUAGUAGGCUCGUGGCUCCUUUGGGAACUAGAUUACCACCUCCAGGCUUACAUACAGCUCCGUAUGCGCGCCCUCACGAUUUUUAUAGGAGUUUGUAUGGACCAGCUGCGCAGCACUUAGGAGCCUCGCCGGAUGCCAGUUUACUAGAAACCUAUCAGCGUACGUUGGCUGCGCAGCAAAACGCCAUCAAGACAAGUUUGGCGGGUUCAAGUGGUAUUCAUCAUCUUGGAAACUCGUCAAUGUCUUCGGCAAGUAGCGGCCUACCUUUGGGUCUCACCACGCACUCUUCGCGCAUGUCACCAUCGUCUACGACGAGUUCGUUGAGUUCCGCAGGAGGCGCGGAUAGUCCGAUAAAACCAAUAGCGCUGAACAAAGUUUGAUGUUGAGUGAUUUGUGAGUGAUUUUUUUCAGUUUCUUUGUCUAUCUACCUCUGCGUUUAAGUUUAUUUUGUUUGUUUAUAUUUUUUUUUUUGGGUUUAUCGGAGUGUGCGCAUAGAGGGAUGUAUAGGGAAAGAAAGGUAAGUCAAAACGUUUUUUUUUUUUUAUUCAUCCAUGUUAUCAAGUGAUAACUAAUAGUUGAAUAUAAGUUUUGCCUUCUCUAACUCUAAUAUUGUGAAGUCUUUCUUUGUUCACUCUAAUACGAUGAAAACAAAGAAGAAUUUCCGUUUGUUGAUGUAAGAUCCAGAUUUAUCAAAACAAGCAUAGUCAAGAAAAGUUAUUUACUAAACGUUGAGUAUUGACAAUUCUUUCAGGCAUCCCUCUACGUGUCAACCUUAUAAUAUAAUUAUUCAUUCUGGACACUUUGAUGCUAAAAAAAAAAGACCAACAUGGACAAUACUUAUAAUAAAAUAAUAGUAAACGGACGCCUUUAUUGUCUUUUUGGACGUGCUGUACUAUAUGUGAUAUAUUAUAUUAUUAAUAUUUAUCUUAUCGUUUUUGUUCCUUAGAUUCUUUGAUCGUUAAUAGGCGCUCCUUAGACUGUGUAAUGUUUUAUUCUUGGCUUUAUUUGUCAGUGUUUAUUAGUUUCCUCAAUGAGAAGUCGCGUACUUUUGUAUAAAUAAUUUUGGAAAAAUUAAUUUUAAUAAAGUUAAGAGUGCAAUAAUAGAUAAAAACAAUUAUUAGAGACUUUCAGAUGCUAUAGCUUUUUAGCUUUAAUCUGUUUUAUCUUGAUGUAACUAAAGCCAAGAAUUGGAAAUUUUCCAGACAUGUUUUGAUUCUAGAAAAACCAAAAUAUUCCUGGAAAAACAAUGUACAUAAAAUCACUGUUUCAAGGCAGUAUAAUGUAUUUUGUAUUAUUGUAACUAUAUGUAUAUGUAAAACUAAUAAUAAAAAAAAUAAUAAAUAAAUUAGUGUAGCUAUAAUAAUAAUGUAUUAAAAAAAAGCUAUAUUAGGUAACAAUAUUUAUGAAUAUAAAAUUUGUGGAUCUAGCUGCGAAAUUCGUCAUUACCAUACUUUCCUCUCUAUACUGUGUACUUAUCUCUAAUAUUGUUUCAACACACGCGAAUAAAUUUUUCAUUUUCCAUUCUUAUGUCAUUUUUUAGGUUUUAAAAACAUAUCGAAUAUUUAUUAAUGAUAGAUCAGUUGUUGAUGAGAUCAGUCGUGUGUAAAAUAUUGCUGCAAUAAAUAUAUCGAACAUUA